UAUGAAAAAUAUAUUUUAACACAAACAUACGUAGAAAAAAUAUUAUUCAAUUGUGGUAUUUAUUUAAAAGAAUUAAUUCUUUCAAAAGUUUGUAAAUCAAGUAUCAUGCCAGUAAUUGCUGAACACUGCAAAAAUUUAACAACACUUGAAUUUGCACUUCUCGAAUAUGGGGAUGAUAAUACUCAUCGCUUUGUUGAAGCAUUUACACAAUUGGAGCAAUUGAAAGUUGUCAAAAUACAUUUAUCUGGCUUUGGCUUUCAACUUUAUAUGCUGAAUAGUCUUCCAAAAGAUAUAAAUGAAAUUCAUUUAUUUUUUAGACCUUUUGAAGCGGCAAAAGCGUUAGGUCUAGACACAAUGCAAUGGUUGAUGUUAGUAUCUACCAGUAAAAAAAACUCAGUAACACCAUCACGUUUCUCUUUGAGAAAAUUUACCAAUCUUCGUAGUUUGACAAUACGUUCUUACGAUAUCACCGACAUUAUCCAAGAAAUAUCAAAAAAAACAACACUUGUUUAUCUCAAUCUUGAAAGAAGUAUUUGUACAAAUGAGAUUUUUACAUUCAAUCAACUUUUAAACUUGGAACAUCUUAACAUUAAGGACGUGUCCUUCAAGGAUAGUCAAUCAGAAAAUAUUCCAAGUCUACUCAGUGGUAUUUUCAAUUCAUGCAAAAAUCUAAAACAUCUUGAUGCACCAGAUUUUCAUGUUGAUCUAGCUGAAAUUAACAUGGAAAACUGGGUAAACUUGAAAAACUUAGUAUAUUUAAAUAUUCGUUGGCAAGCAAGUGAUGCAAUCAUCAAAAAAAUCAUCAAGUAUUGCAAUAAUUUAGAAUUCAUAAAUACUUAUACAUUUAACAGUGAAUUUAUUAUAAAAUUAACAAAAUUAGAAAACCUUAAUUUUUUAAAAUUUGAUGAUAUGACAAAUAGUUUUAAUAAAGAAGUAAUGGUUGCAAUUUUAAAUAAUUGUAAAAAACUUAAACAUCUGGUAAUUUCCGGGUUUCAUAUAGAGGAGGCAUCAAUUUUAAAUGAUUUAUCAAAAUUGCAAUAUAUUGAAAGUUUAAAUUUAGCAUUUUGUUGGAGCAUUGAAAACAGUGCUAUUAUUGCUAUUGCUAAAAAUUGUAAGCUCUUGAAAUGUUUAAAUAUUGAAGGAUGUUCUAUUACUUCAAGUGCUUAUAUUGCUUUAACGAGUUUAAAAAAUUUGAAAGAGCUCCAUGUUCAAUCAAAUUAUAAGGUCAAAGACAAUUUUAUUGUCAAAUUGAGAGGAAUAAAAAGUUUAAAUUGUUCUGGAUGUGAAAAACUUACUAAUGCUGGUGUCAUUCAAUUUAUAAAAAAUAAUCCAGAUCUUGAAUUUCUCAAUAUCAGCGACACAAAAAUUACAAUUAAUACGAUUGUUGCUGCAGAUGAGGUAUCUAAAAAUCGUACCAAUAAUACUUUUUUAUCUAUAAAAACUAACAAUCCAGAUCUUAGAAAAGCUUGCAUUAAAUCGCAAUGGUUAAUUUAUUGUUAAAACGAAAUUGGAGUAUUUUUUAAUAAUAAAUUGAAGAACUCCCAAUGGGAUUUUUCGCAUAUAAUAAUUCUCCAAAGAAUUAUCUAUAGAUUGCAAAAAAAAAAAUCUAAAUAAGUUGAAAAAUAAAAAAGUUCAGGCUGCCUA